AUUGCCUGAGCUCGUUUUCGGUUCCCAUUUCACAGCUCACACGCUAUUGUGAGACAAACACCUUCCCUAGAUAGCCGGGUAGACAUGGGCAGCCUGAAGAUGAGAGCAGAGGAUGAUAUCUAUGAGAAUAUGUUCAAACCUGCCAUCCUUCAAACAUCUCUCAGGAAGGGAAACCCACCAGAGUCAUCUCCAAAGAGAGCCCGUAUCCUCCACGCUGUCCUCGUUGCCUUGAGUCUCCUCCUCCUUGCUGCCCUUGUUUUCGUCACGGUCACCUAUUUACAGGAGCGACGGGAGAAGCGUCGAGUGGCCGAAGCGGUGCAGGGCAUCCGAGACUUCUGGAAGGAAAAUGGCACCUUGAACACGUUGGUCCUGGAGCAGACGGGCCAGCAGCUGGUGGGCGAGGUUCAGCUGUUAAGGGGCCUCUGGGAGGAGGUGGUGGCCCCCUGCGCCGUGAUGCGGGACCAGCACCGGGACAUCCUGACCAGGCUUUCGCAAGGCUGGAGGUUUCGCAGCGGGAAUCUCUAUUACUUCUCGCAAGAGAAUAACACGUGGAGGGAGGCUGAGGGCUUCUGCACGGCCCAGCAUGCGCACCUGAGCUCCGUCCUCUCCCAGGAGGAGCAGGAGUACCUUGUCAAGGAGACCAGGGGGAUCCACUACUGGAUCGGCCUUGCUGACCUCGGGGUGACGGGCACCUGGCGCUGGACAGACGGCUCUGUGUACACAAAUGGGUUCUGGAGCACUGGCCAGCCCGACAACUGGCACCAAAACAUAGGGGGAGCCGAGGAGUGCGUGCACCUCAAGUCCAAGUCUCUGCACUCCUGGAACGACGGCAACUGCACGCGGCGGUACCGGUGGGUCUGUAAGAAGGCCCUGGGGCAGGCAGUGCCCUGACGCGGCAGCGCCUGGGAACCCCACACCCGGCGGCAGAAGAAACCCAAUGGAUGAGGGAGGCUGUGAUGGAGCCUGGCUGACCCGGCAGGACGUUACUGGGGUCCUGCGGGGACCUUGAUCCCGCUGGCGUGACCAGGAACAGUGUUGGGGGGACAGGCUGAGCAGCCAAGCAGCCACAGGACCAUAAACGCUGGCCAUCUUGGCUUGGCCAAGCGCACACCUUCAGGGACACGAUAUGCAGGAAAAUAAAAGAUGU